GUGGACAGGCGGAAUUGACGACAACAACGACACAAACACCGGAAGUAUGCAUGGAUCUAAAUGCUGCUUUCUGCAGCACCACAUCUGUUCAGUCUUCUAUAUGUUCCGACCCCGACCUGUCUGUAAACUGGUGCAGAAAAACAUGCGGAAGAUGUCCUACGACGACCACCACCACCUCGGUCCCGUGUGUGGACAACACCCCGGACCUAUGCAGUGCUCCAGGAGCAGACCUAGUCUUCUGCUCAGAUCCUGCGCGCGCAGUCAAAUACUGCCAAAAAACCUGUAAUAAAUGCGAUAUCCAUCUACAUCAAAACACGGCCACACCAGUACGUUCUACAACUGCGACAACAACGACAACACCAACAACCACCACUACAACACCAACAACUACCACGACAACACCAACAACUACCACGACAACACCAACAACUACUACGUCACCACCCUGGUUGUGCGAGGACUACGACGUAGCCCACUGCGCUGAUCCGGAAGUCAAAUUGUUGGUGUGUCUGGAUAUUAAUUUGAAUUAUCUCUGUAGAAAAACGUGUGAUUUAUGUGAGCACAAAGGUUGA